GGCGCUGCGGGGCUGGCCGGCCCAUUCCAUUCGCUCGCCGCCGUCGCUGUCGCCGUCUGCAUAUCCGCUCGAAAACGACCCCAAUCGCACGCCGCACGCCGCACGCCGCACGCCCCGUCAAAGUUCGCACGGAAUUUCGCGUUUCCCCGUGUGCCAGCCCCCGUCGCCCGGCCGAGUCCCAGUUCGAAUCCCGCGGUUCAUCCCCCAGUGCAGUGACCUUGACGCCAUCCCACGCCAUGGCGCAGUUGGUGACCGUGAAGUUGGUUCGCCACGAUAACACCCCUUGGGGAUUCCGCCUCCAGGGGGGUAAGGAUUUCGGCACCCCCCUCCUCAUCCAAAAGGUAAACGGAGGUAGUAUAGCAGAACGCGCAGGUCUAGCGGUCGGCGAUGGUUUAGUCACAGUAAAUGGCUACGACGUUUUCAACUUGAAACACAAAGAAGCACAAGACGCCAUCGUCCAGGGAGGCAACUGUUUGGAAUUACAAGUUCAAAGAGGUGGCGGCAGCACGUGGAAACCCCUCGUCCAGAAUGUCGGUGCAACACCCUCACCUCUCUCACAUGUAAGUGGACCCCCGCCCUUUGUGACCAAAACCUCUCUCGCAGCCAACAAAUAUCCCAGCAAACCCAUAGGAUCUGGACACAAUGUCGCCCCGAAACCCUUUAAUGGAUUACCUCACUCACAGUUGAAUGGCACCAGCAAUGGCCAAGUAAAAGCAAUUGUGAACAAACAGUACAACACACCGGUCGGUAUGUACAGCGAAGAAACGAUUGCCGAAACACUCUCAGCUCAAGCAGAGGUUCUAGCCGGUGGUGUCAUAGGCGUAAAUUUCAAGAAAAACGAAAAAAAUUACGACGCACAAAAAAGUGAAGUAUUCAAAAUGGUCCACGAGGUAGAUGCCGAACCUAAAUCACCUGAACCCGUUCCGCCCUCGAGCGCGGCGUAUUUCGCGACGUCGAGCCACGCGGUGGGCGGGCGGGCCACGUCGCCGCGACCCCUCACGCCGAUGGCCCAGCAGAUCGCCUACGGGAGCCCCACGAACCCCUUCGUCGUCGCCAAAGAGACGACAGAGCUGCCCGCAGCCACCGCCACCGUCGCAGACCCGCCUAACUGCUCCGAGUGUGGCAAAAUUGUCGUGGGAGUUUUCGUUCGCAUAAAAGACAAAAACCUGCAUGUAGAGUGUUUUAAAUGUGCAACGUGUGGAACCUCUCUGAAAAACGUCGGUUAUUACACCAUAAACAACAAGCUGUAUUGUGAUAUCCAUGCAAAAAUGAUUGCUCGUCAAAACCCUCCUGCUCCAAACCUGGAGCCAAUAACAGUUUCACCCGGAGGGCGCAUUCCAUCAAACGUUGUAUCAAAUGCUGUUAGCUCUGCUAUGUCACCCAAGUCAAAUCCCGUUUCCUCACCUUUUCAAGUAAGGACCGUUCCCAUGCAUGUUUCACCAAGACCCACGCCCACACCACCUCAGACUCCAAAUGCAAAUGUUCUGUCACCAAAAUCGUACAAUGGCACAGCAGCUCCAUUGACUCCGCCUAUUUCUCGAAACUUUUCUCAGCCACAAACUGUUGGAGAAAGCAAAAUAGACAGUAGCUCCUGGCAAACUUGUUCUUCUGGUAACGGACUCUGCCCCUCUCCAUUACCAUCUACCCCUGGUUACAUUCUACCGACUAACAAACCAUCGACCUCAAACCCUGAAAACCUCAACCCUCUCUUCGCGUCCCUUCCUUCCGCAAGUAAAGUGCAACCCGGGACGAAUUGCCUAUCACCAGCUCCACUCCCAUCAGUCCCUGGUUAUGUGUCUCCAGACUUACGUGAGGCGAUAAAUCCAAAUCCUCUUUUCUCAUCGCUUCCGUCCGCGAGUAAAGUAAAACCAGGGACAAAUUGUCUGUCUCCAGCCCCUCUACCGUCUGUCCCUGGUUACGUCUCACCAACCCCUCGAACUGUUGCUUCCACUCAACCAGCGAUACCCAACGUGGCUAGCAAAUCAACCAUGUCGGUUGCAUCAUCACAAAACGUGAGGAAAGAGCAAACGACAGUGCAGAGUAGUCAUUCUGAAUCAACACAACAAAAAUCUUUCGAAGAAAUCUACGGUAUACCAAGCGGUGUUAAGCAGUUGAAACCAAUACCGCAAGCGAGAUCUCAGUCACCAUGUAUGUGGUCUGGCAGCUCUCACGAAAUUUCGUAUUCCGGGGUAAACGCAGCAAAGACUUUGUCUUGCACACUUGAGACACAAAUCAUGCUAAAAACUAUCAAAGAGACAGGUAGAUGGUCACCAGUCCCACCAGUUGAUCCUGCCCUUAGUCGUCAAUUCCCAACAAAUCUUUGUUUUACAAAUUACGAAACGCAAGAGCCCAGUAACUAUGUUCCUCCAAAAAUUCAGACUGCCGUAGUACCUACGUUUUUACAAAAACCUACCCCUCCUCCACCAGUAAUCAGUUUUCCACCCGAUUUUGAUCCAACUCCAGUCGUGAAAGAAUACGUUCGGUCUCGAAGCUCGACGCCGGUGCCUCGAUCUCAUGAAAUUGAUGCAAAAUCAGCCGAUAGAGAAAGUAAACAGUUUUCCGUCGAGGGAGUAGCCGGUAAAAAAUCAAUGACCGAGGUGUCUAGCUCCGGGCAAAAGUCUGCAGAAAAACCUCUAGCUGUGGAGCCCAUUUGUGAGAGGAAAUACAUUGCUCAAGUGAGCACAUAUAACAGGGAUGUUUCUACCGAAAAAUCAGCCCAGUUGGAGAAAGAGGCUCACGCUGCCAAAUUUGACACUACGUUCCUCUCAGCAUCCAAAGAAGAGCCUCCUGCAGAUUUCCCACUCGGAGACCAAUUGGUAAAUCCUGACGGUUCGAGUUCGGUAACUCUUCCUCCCGAUUCUGCCCCGUACUACCCGGAUUCUAUGCGCGAUAAACCUGAGCCAAAAAUUUUCCGCCCACAAACCCCACCGAGUGGAUCGCCUUUGUGUUUUGCCUUGACGACUGCUCCCGCGAGGUCAUACUCUCCUCUGCCGUCAGUUACAAAGCCUCCGACUCCUCCACCCGCGGAUGCCUUGCCAGAUUUCGAAACCGAGCUCCCGGUCAUUCCAGGAGUUCGUCCGGUUUCGAUGCUCGCUGCCCUGACGGUGGCAUCAGAGAGACCAUACUCUCCUGUUCUACCUAGCAAUCCUACAUUCCAUUCGGUUUCCGCGAAAACCAAAGAAGAACAGAAAGAGGAGAAGAAAGAAUCGUACAUAUCCACCCUGAAGAAAGACGUCUGGUCACCGAGAAGCCUCCUGGAGGUCACAGUGACGUCAGAUGAUGACAGCUAUGACGUGGAGAAGUACGUCUCACAAAACCCAGAGAUGAAAGGCAAGCAGUGCGUUAAACUCCCACGACAUGCUAGUCCAUCGCGGCUCUCUUUCACAAACAGCGGACUCCAUAAACCGUCUACUAUUCCUCCUUAUCAGCAAACUCUUGGAGAUGGCUCUUACACGCCAACUAGGUCACGUUCACCACAACCUCCUGCUGUAACUCCCAAAGCAACUGAGGGGAAAUCCACCCAAGGAAAAGAUUCCACCUCGGUAAAAGAGGUUUGUCGCAAUACCCCCACCCCCAAGGGUGAAACUAAACCAUUAAAAUCGUGCGUUAAAACGUCUCACACUGAAACCGCCGCAAGCACAAAAGUCACAUCCACUCAGAGUACGAGCGUAAGCGAAUGUAAAAAGUCAGCCCAAGUUUGUUGCAAAAAGGUGACGAUUGCAGAUUCGCCCAUAACCGGACCAACCGGAGGAUCUUGUACAAGACCUUGCCAAAAAGAGGCUAGCUCCGAUAAAACAGUGCAGAGCACAUGCUCUCAUGUAUGCAAUAGAGCUGAAAAGGUUUGCUGUAAAAAAGUGAAUAAAUCUGAGCAACCUUCUUGUGCAUCACCUGUUGGCAUCCCACCGACUGUCACUGUAGUUUGCGAGCCUGCUACUUGCGAGCGCUCCGCCUGCCAAACAACUAAAACUUGCGAGCGUUCUACACGCGCACAGUUGUUUGAGGAGCCAAAAGAAACCUUGUCGAAAACUUGCCCUUACUUCAUCUCCGGGGCAGAGUCCACAGAAAAGGCGAUUAGUGUCUCAUCUUCAUCGGCAUCUGCUGAAAAAACCAAGCAAACUACUGUCGAAGGAAAAUCUACUACUCAGACUCAGUGCAAACAGGUAUGCUCUUUAAGCUCAUCCGCGACAUGCACAAAGAAAGUUCGUAUCGAGGAACAUUCUUCAAGUAUAUCUUCAUCUGUUAUUGGCUCGUCUGUCGAGUGCAAGGUUGCAGACGUUUGUUCAAGAUCAACAAAAGCAGAUGCUGGCACUGCUAUGUGCUCUAGAACAUGCUCGCAGUCUAAGGCUAGCUCAGUCUCGGACUCAGCGACAGGAUCUUCUUCCUCUAUCUGUCAAACCUCUUCGAGUAAGUCCUCACAAGUGACCACGACAGAAUCGUCUCAGUCAAAACCAUCACCCGUCACUUCCACAAAAUUAUCGCUUUCCACAGCUCACAGACUGUCACCUCUGGCAGUCGCCGACAUCCCAACUGACGCUAAUCAAUCCACGUUCUGUAAAACUCCCUCUGGAUCACAAAUUUUCAAACCGCCGGUGAGCGCAAAACUCGCGGAGACUAAACAAAAAUCGACAUCGGAAACAACGUCCAAACAAGAAACGAAAACGUCUUGCUCAUUGACGAAACAGUCCAUAUCGAAGACGGAGGUGAAGUCAAUUCCUCUCACUGAGGCUGCUUCUUUAACUCCUUGCCCCCUCGUCACAGCAACCCCACCCUCCACUCCCACGACAGUUUCUCAGUCCCCCAACUCCGCAUUUUCCUUGCCCCGAAAAACUAGUGGGUCCGUUGCCAGCUCUCUCUCUAAAACGCUAUCUGCUAAAAUUGCUGCUAGUAACCAUUCCUCGAAUACCAUUUCCUCCUCUCAACCUGCAAGUAUUCCUAAUACCGGAGCGUCAACCCCUAAUUCAGGUGCAGGUGCUACUAAGGGCGGAACUGCUGCUGGGCUAACGGCUCCUCGCAGAGGAAGAGGUGUACUCAACCCCCAAAAUCUUACUCCUGGUGCUCGGGUGCCUCUUUGCGGCCAAUGUCACGAACACAUAAGGGGCCCAUUCAUUACAGCCCUCGGAAAAAUCUGGUGCCCUGAUCAUUUCAUUUGCGUGAACAAGGACUGUCGACGACCUCUUCAAGAUAUUGGUUUUGUCGAAGAAUCCUCUGGUCUCUACUGCGAAUACUGUUUUGAGAAAUAUCUCGCUCCAACGUGCCAUAAAUGUUCAAACAAAAUCAAAGGGGAUUGCCUGAACGCCAUCGGGAAACACUUCCACCCUGAAUGCUUCAAAUGUGCAUUUUGUAGCAAGCUAUUUGGUAACAAUCCGUUCUUCUUGGAGGAGGGACUUCCCUAUUGUGAAAAUGACUGGAACGAGCUGUUUACGACUAAGUGCUUUGCUUGCGGAUUCCCUAUUGAAGCUGGUGAUCGCUGGGUAGAGGCUUUAAAUAACAACUAUCACAGCCCGUGCUUCAACUGUACGAUGUGCAAAAAGAAUCUGGAAGGUGAGAGUUUCUACGCGAAAGGAGGCAGACCUUACUGCAAGAGUCAUGCGCGUUGAACAGAAUGAACGCUUAUUUGUUUAAGUGUUUUCUUUUCUUGCUUCUCUCUAUGCUGAUUGCUGAUACCAACUUUACCAUUGCUUGUGAUAUUGGUGACUUUCGAGACGGCUCAUACUGAGGCGAGUAUAAGAUAUGUUGUACUUUAAUGUUCAGAGGCAGGAUUUACUUUUGUUUUUUUAAAUAAUUCUCAUACCGAGGAAUUGUAAGUUCUGCUAUUUGAGCUUUAAGACCAGAGAUGGUAUCGGCACAAAGUGGCAUUGACCAUUGUGUACAUAGCUAACAUAUACCAUAGGGUUGUUUUUGUAAUUUUAAGAAAUCUUACCUCCGUCUUUUAUUUUCCUCAGCUGUGAGACCGUAAUAAAGAAAGAUGAGUAGAUUCACUGAGUCAUAGUGCAGAUCCAUUCGUGAACCGAAUUUAGAGAUCAUUUUGCGCUAACUCCCUACCCAAUUGUUGCAAAGCAUAAAUCGUGUUGUCGUUUUGUGUUUGUCUCUCAGUUGCUUCGAAAAGUCUCUAGGUCAAAAUUUAAAAAAAAAGUAGGUAUCAUGCUUCAGUUUAGUGACGCUUUUCUCGUUUCUUCCUUCAGUGUUUUCCGUUGAAUUAGGAUUAAAAUUUUGAAAAGGAAAAGGAAAACCAACUCUACCUCAAUUUCCACACAAACGUAAUAAUGAUUUUUCCCCGACUCGUUUGAAAUAUCAAAUUUUUCUACAUCUAAAAAAUCUUCAUGGGUAAAAUGUGAAAAUACAUAUUUUACCCUUAUACUCACUUUCUUCAUUUGAGAAAAAAGAGGUUCUCAGUCUAGUUAAUUCUAAUUUUUUCAGCGGUGCACUGAUUUUUUUAUACUUUCUACCUUUUAUCUUCUUUGUCUUCUAGUCUUAUUCUAUAACCAAAUUGUUAAAUUAUUCAAUGUAAUUUAGGAAAAUUUUAUCCUCAACUAUGUGUUUAAAUGAAAAUUAGCAGCGCGGAAAAGCUAAGUUUCCCAGUUCUCUUACUUGCUUUUCCUCCGAGUUGAUUAGAAUUUGGAAUAAAAAAUAAUGAUUGUGUAAAUUCCAUGUCGAGCAUUAGCUCUUUUAUUUUCAUAUCUGAACUGCAAUGAUUCUGAAACCAUCAGUCAUGUAGUUCAAAAACCUGUCCCUUGUUUUUCAGCAAAUCAAUUAAAUAAUAAAUCUGUCAUCUAAUUCCUUAACUGGCUCCUCUGAGAGCUAGAAUAACUGUAAAGAGUUUUGCUUGGUCACGGUGGCAAUGCUAAAAAGGAACUGCGAUGCUUACAAGUUGGCAACACGGCUUUGUCUCCCUUUAAAUCCAUUAAAAAUAUCAAUUCUAGGUUCGGCACUCUGCUUCGUCGCAAAUUAAUUGUUUUAAAUACAUUAUUUUAACGGAGGAAUAACAGUGUUGUCAAAUUGCAAGUAUCACUACUGUCUGUGGCAUUUCUGAAAAGGAAAAAAAUACACACAUAAUGGGUGAAGUCUUUAUAAGAAUACAACUUGGCGAGUCAGUACAACAAAUCAAAUUAUGAGGGAGCGAUUUUCCUCUAAAAUUAAAGACGAUGCUAAGUUGGCCACAAGCUACAUUAAAAUCAAUAAAUUCAAAAUCGUGUUGUUCUCCUGACUGAGCAAUCUGAACUUGACACCCUUAAUUUUUAAGGAAAGGUAGUGUACAAUAUACAUUAAAAAUAUUUUAAAUUGACGGGUGUUGAAGUCCAGCAGAAUUAUAAAAAAGUGGAUCUAGGUACUCUGGUAACAGAGUCCCUAUAUACCUACAACUUGAAGAAACGAGGAGAGAAAAAUAUUGUCCGGUCAGUUUGAGUAACACGGUUUUGAAUUAUGACAAUGCUUUUAUAUGCGCUUGCAGAUGAAACUCGCUGUAAUACCAAACAUUUGUUUGUGUAUUACCUAAUCUAGGUAUAUUAAUAAGUAAAGAAUUUUUUAAACCAAUUCGGAUUAUUGUUAUAAUUAUGUUGAUAUUUUAUUUUCUGUAUUUAUUGUUACGUGUAAACUAUUAUACUUACCUUUAUAAUAAAUUAUACAUACAUUUAAAUAUAUACUUUUCCUGCUUUGA